AUGUAUAGCUUUCCACGACGAUUGGCGAUCGAUAUAUCCGUUUCAGAGUUGUCAUUGGGCCGCUGCGCAGACCAGAAUGUGUGCUGCUGGGACGCCUUGCGGCCGGUUUCAGGCGCGGUGCGCCAAUCGUCGGCGGGCGUCCUUGUGGUUCGCAGCGAGGCAGACAUUGCUCACUUUGAGUAUCAUGACUCUUGGAAGGAGCAAAAUGGAGAGUUGGCAAGCGGCCUGGCCGUCGUGAUACUGCCCGAGUGCUAG